AUGUCUUUUCUUCAUACUCACUCGUGUGAGUGUUUCAAAAGCAAACUUGAUCUUUUCACUCUACCGCCCACGCAGACCAGUAUCGAGAGUUCGCAAUGGAUUCAUUACAAACCUUUGUCGACUCUUGCGGACGACGCUCCCGUGGAGUUUGUUGUACCGGGACGUGGUGAAGAUUACAUAGAUCUCGCGCAUACUCUUCUCANUCUUCGCGUGAUAUUGCAAACCCCCGCAGCGGUUAUUCCGGCUACUUCGGCUACAGCUUCUAGCGCCAUUGCUGCUGCAGAGCAUAAAGUAGGGCCUGUAAAUAACUUUUUACAUUCCAUGUUCAAUCAAAUUUAUGUGUACUUCAAUCAAAAGCUUGUGUCGCCUCCGAACAAUGCUUACGCGUAUCGAGUCUAUUUCGAGACAUUGUUGAAUUAUUCUUCAGAGGCAAAAUCCUUUCAUCUCACCACCUGGGGUGGAUAUCCCAUCCUUUAUGGGAUAGCGAUCCUCCGGGGCUGA